AUGAGCGGGGAAAGUGAAAAGGAUGCUGCGUUGAGCCGCACGAAGGAUGGCGUCCCGGUGUGGAACGGAGAAGCGGGGAGCUUCUCAGCAUAUGAGGAAGCAGCAAUGCUUUGGGAAUCUGGCAUUGAGUACCGGAAGCGCUACACCGCAGCCCCUCGGCUGAUGGCGGAAUUGACUGGAGCAGCCAAGCGACUUGUCGCGGGAAAACCCGCAGAGGAAGUGGCGUGUGCAGGAGGUGUCCGCCAGGUUCUUGACUACUUGCGGAAGUCGCUGGGGAAGCCGAAGGUCAACGAAGUCACCGACCUCCUCGGGAAGUACUUCAAAGGGACCCGUCGCAGGACGGGUGAAUCGAUGAAUGAUUACGUGACGCGGAAAAGUGAAGCCUUUCUUCGGGUUAGCCAGGCCCUCCGACGAGUGCAGCCACACUACAGGAAGGCCAAGAUGGAAACUUCCGGCGGGAACAACUACAUGACUCCUUACCGAUGGAGCCGCCGAUCGAGUGACGCCAGUGGCUUUUGGGGAUCUGGAGGCUGGGGCCGCCAGACUACCACCCCGGAGGAGGGUGACGAUCACACCGGAGAAGGCCGCGCUGAUGAUGAAGUACCUGAGGAAGAAGAGUCCGGGACUACGACAUCGUGGGGUUGGGGUUCUACCUACGGAAGUUCCUGGGGUUCUCAGUGGCAGGGCCCUGACUGGUAUGGUUCCUCAUGGUAUCAAGGAACAUGGCCCUCUUACGGAUGGUCCUCGACGAGCGCCUCCGAGGGCACCUCCACAUGGGAAUCCCUCGACCAGUUGGAGGACAACUCCUUGCUUCCGGGGUUCAUCCAGGGAUGGUACCUCUUGAUGGACGCGGCGCUCGACAGCAACGAGCGCAACCUGGUGAUGACUGCGCUGAGGGGCGAUUUCUCCCCGGCGCGUGUGGCACAGGAGCUACGAAACCAGUUUCCUGAAGGUGAGCUUCGAAAGCGGGACACCAGUCGCCGCUCACAUGCUUUCGUCAGUCUUGCCGAGGAGGAGCCGAACUAUGAUGAAGACUAUGAGUGGGGUGACGAAGCCUACGGAGGUUGGGAUGACUGCCCAGAAGAGGCGGCCUUGAUCGUGGAGGCGGAGUCGGAGGCCCAGGAGGCCUUUGCUGCGUACCAACAGGCACGCCGCACCCUCAAGGACGCGAGGAUGAGGCAGCAUUCCAACAAGAUGAAUCGGCAAUACUACAGAGGAUCCUCUUCGGCCUCCUCCGGAACCUCCCGACCCUCUUCGACGUUUGGGCAACGAGCUUCGGGAGAUGAACAUAUGGAGUGCCUACGCUGUGGGCGCAAGGGCCACCGCGCGGCUAACUGCCCCGAGAAGCCCCUGGCAGCUCAGGCCACGGCGGAACCUACUUCGACCACAGCUACGGAACAGGUCUCCUUUGUGUUCUUCGCGGAGUCCGAGCAGCCCAGCGAGAGCGCCUUGGCAGCGCUUCCCACGACGGCCCAAGCCGUCGAUGCCGGAAUGGCUGUGGUGGACGGAGGCGCCACGAAGACGAUCGGCAGUGUGGCGGCGAUCGAAGCAUUGCUAAAGAAGAAUGUGCAGAAGUACGGCGAGACUCGCCUGCGAGCAUUGGAUACAGAGGACCAGCCGGUGUUUGGAUUUGGCAAUUCGACAGAAAAUCGUUGCCUGAGCACCUGUCAAGUGGGUGUCACGGCGAGUGGACUUCCCGGCAGCAUGCAAAUCCAUUCAUUGGAAUCCGGAAAUGGUCCGAUUCUCCUGAGUGUGGAUGCGCUCAGGUCCCUGGGAGCUGUGGUGGACUUUGAACACGACCUGAUGGUGCUGACUAAGUUGGACCGGACCAAGAUCAUUCCCCUCCACCGCUCCGCGACGGGACAUCAGCUUCUUUCCCUCACGGAGGACUUGUUCAGCAAUGCUCUCGUUUCGGCGAUCCCCGGUUGCUGCCGGAGCACACCUCUCGCGUACCUGCACAUGCCGGACCUGAUUGCAGCAUUCCCGGCUCAGGUGCUCUUGUUUGUACGGCCCAGCGUGUACCUCCCGAGGCACAUCAUGGACCGUUUGACUCGCGACGAGCUGACCUUGCAUCUUCGCUCUUUGGGCGAGACGGCUCCAGAGGGGUGGACUCGAAUGGAGAUCCGCCAGCGCAUCACGGAGAUUGCGGAGGCGAACCCUUCGCUGGCAGCAACACCGUCUUCCAAGACGGACCUCGAGGCUAUGAUGGUGAAGCUCAACCGUGUGAGCCGAAAGAAAAGCGAGCUCCAGAAGUUCUGUCUGGACGAGCUUCGCAUCAAGUACAACGACAACGACACCAUCGCCCAACUCCAGAAGAAGGCGACGGCGGUGAUCCUCGACAUCACGGAGCCGCAAGCGGGCGACUUUCUGGGGUUUGGGAAGUACUCCGACAAGACGUAUUCGGAAGUGUACCAUCUCGACAGCCAGUAUUGCCAAUGGGUCAGCACGACAGCGCGCGAGGGCGACUGUUGCGCCCGCCUGGCCCGCUUCGACAAGUGGCUGUUGAAGACUCGGCAAGCGGAUGCUCCGGCGGUCCCGUUGGUGCACCGCCCCAAAGCCAAGAGCGGAAAGAAUGUUCCGAAGAUCUCCACCCCCGAGGACAUCGGCGGGUACACUUCUGUGGCGACUACGUCGGCACAGGGAAGCACGCCUCUUGCUGCCGAUCCACGGGAUGCUCUCAUGUUGCAGAUGGCCGACACCCUCAAGAAUCUCCAAGAGGAGGUGUCGCAGAUGCGUGCCGAGCGACCUCGCAAAGUGACCUCGGACCGGCCUCUCUUGAUGGAAGUAGCAUGUUCGUCUGAUAGUGUUUUGUGUCGGACAGUGAGAGAAAAGACCGGAGAAGAACAGUCUGCGAUGAGGUGUUCCAUUUGGAAUGGGGCUGAUUUGACACAGGCCGCAGGGCUGCAGCUCGCGCUGGAGCAGAUCCGUGGUCUGAAUCCGAAAAAUGUGUGGAUUUCACCGCCAGGAGAGCCCUACUCCCCCAUGCAGCAUGCCAACCAACGCACACCCCAGCAACAGAGAGAGCUGAGAGAGAAGCGAGAGGAGGCGAUCAAGAUUUAUCAUGCGGCCAGAGAGAUCAUGAGGGCUUGCGUGCACAUGGGUAUUCACUGCACCAUUGAACUGAACGAACGGUGUGAAGCUUGGCGAUUACCUGUCUUCCAGGAGCUGCAAUAUGAGAUGAACUUGCAUGUUUCAGUGGUGAAGGGCUGUAGCGUUGGUUUGAAGGACUCGCGAGGCCAAUUGAUUCAGAAGGGAUGGCGCUUGGUAACUACACAUGCCCGUCUUGCGACCAUGAUGAAGAAACCUUGUCGGUGCCCGACCUCGUACCAACAUGGAAAGUGUGAAGGCGCGAUUGCGAGGAAUUUGGAUCGUUACACGCCGGAGUUUGCUCGUCUCGUGUGCCAGGCUUUGCAGGAAGAGUUUAGCUUCUACGGUGUUGUGCAAGAGUGUCAGGGAAAUAACAGUGUUUCGGAGGAUUUCGGACGAGGUGAGGUGUGUGCUUGUGGGGAUGCGUUCCUGGGUAAGCAUGAGAUGCAGUGCGGUAACUGUUUGUUGAAUAGAGAUGCGGUUCCUUUCUUCAACAGUGCCCCCGUGAGUAAUCUAGGAACGUCGGACGUUGUCCUCGAAGCCCAUCUUACCCAAGCUCAAGAAAAGCCUAGUGAACUGGCGGCCCGUCAACUCCGAAAACACGACAACAUUUCCUACAAGCAGAUGGAAGCAUACUUGCAGGAGCAUGCUAGUUGUGGUAGAGUUUCACGAAGAGACAUGAUACAACGUGGACAGGGAACCUACUACACCUAUGGUACGUAUGCUUAUGGAAGUCACUACGGUCUGACCUUGCGAACCCAACAACGUCCUGAGUUUGUUCGUAUGAUCAAUCGUUUUAUUCAACAACACUUUCCCAAAGACUUUAAGUGGUCCGCCUUCGCGCUGAACAUCAAUUCAGCGGCCCCGAUGCACAAGGACAUCAACAACCACCCGAAUUACCCAAACUGCAGUGUUGGAUUGGGAGACUAUACGGGCGGAGAAUUGUGGGUUGAGGGCGAGGAUUCCGGGAAAGGUCUGGUUGAGGUGAGGUGUCGUGAUACUGGUGAACAGUUGCAAGGUGUGCGGAUGGAUUUCAGACAUUGUCCGUUCCUUUUUCCUCCGCAUAGGUGGCACCAGACUUGUGACUGGCAAGGUCAGAGAUGGGUUCUUACGGCGUAUGUCAGUAGAGGGAUGCAGGAGCUUUCGGAAGAGGAUUGGGGUCGAUUGAAGGAUUUGGGCUUUCCUGUUUCGACCUUCAAGAAGGAAGUGUGUGCUAGUGUUUUUCCAGGUUCGACUCAGCAGGAAGCGAUGGCAGCUCAACCCGAAUCCAGUAGCUCUUCUCGUGAGACUCUUACCCCGAAGCAACGAGACGAACGGAUUAGGAAGCAGUUGUAUUUGUUACACUGUGCGUCGGGUCAUUGUAGCAUGCACCAUCUCGUCGAUGCCCUGAAACGAAGGAGGGCACCCGAAAGAACCAUCGAGCUCGCCAAGGAGUUCUCAUGUCCUGUUUGUCAAGAACGAAGUAAGCCCCCUCCGAGAGCCCAAGCCACGUUGGAACCUUUGCCCCCAAAGUUCUGUACGAUCAGUGCGGAUGUCGGUCACUGGGAACACCCUCACAAUAAAGAACCAGUGCAGUUCAUGUUGAUCAUUGAUGAGGGCUCAAGAUACCGAGUGGCGCGAGUUUUAUCCCGAGGCUCGAAACAGCAACCCACGGCCAAUGCUUGCAUUCAGUACCUACAGGAAGGAUGGCACCAGUACUUUGGCCACCCUCGAGCCCUCCGAGUUGACGCAGCUGGUGCGUUCAGGAGCUUUGCUUUGAUUGAUCAGUACUGUGAUAAGCAUGGCGUGUAUCUAGACAUCAUUCCGGGAGAAGCCCAUUGGAAGAAUGGGGUCUGUGAGCAGGCAAUCCAGGGAGUGAAAGAAGUGAUGACACGACUCUGCCAAUACGACGCAGAACUGACGACGGAAGCGGCCCUUGCAGAAGCCGUGAGGGUGUUCAAUCAUCGAGACAUGAUUCGUGGAUUCUCGCCGGCCCAACAUGUUAUUGGGCGCGGGACCGACGAUACCGAUCGCUUUGUGGAGGCUGGCGAAGGCCUCCCACCGGGGCUUCUGGUGGAGCAUCCAACGGGCGAGUUUGCGCGAGCCGCUCAGCGCCGAGCUGAGGCCGAGAAACUACACGCUGACUGGAACGCCAAUCAGAGGAUCAAGCGGGCUCAGAAUUCCAGGCAUAGACCAUGCUACAACUAUCUACCGGGGGAGCUGGUGUUCUUCUGGAGAAGUCAAGAGUCGGGGCGUGGCCGCCGACAACCUGGAACUCGCCAAGGAAGGUUUUUAGGACCCGCUCGUAUACUGGCUACUGAAACGAGGAAAUCUACGAAUGGCGAGCUCGCUCCUGGAGGGGCGGUGUGGCUUGUGCGAGGUAGGGCUUUGAUUAAGUGUGCACUCCGUCGAGCGACAGAGCGUGAGGAGAUUCUGGAAGGUUUGUCAGCCCAGAAUGGCCAAGCGACACCAUGGACCUUCACCCAAGUGGCCUCGUCCAUUGGCGGGAAUCAGUUCCAGGAUGCAACGAGUGACGUUCCCAACCUGGAAGAGUGGCGAGCGGCCCAGGAUCCUACAGAGGCCGCGCAGCCGUCGCGCUUGAGAGUGCGAGGCAAACGUUCCGCCCAGCAACUGGCCGACACCGACCAGGUGGGAGACCUACAGAUGGACGCCGAUGAGAACGAGGAGGCGCCGAUCCGACGCCCCCGACAAGAUGGCUCGAGUCUACAAGCAGAGGCUCGAGGUGAGUGUUGGUGGACCACUGUUCCAGAGGAUGCCUGGCCGACCCAGGAGAACGAUCUCUGGAAAGAUCCCUUGACCGCGGUGCAAGUGGAGGUCCCCCUUCCCGAUACGAAUCGGGGUGUCCAGAAGCUGGUUCGGAACUUCGAAGGUUAUUUUGUGGGCCACAUGAAGCGAAAGGCAGUUGAGGUGUCCGAGCGGCGCUUGACUCCAGCAGAGCUACAGGAAUUCCGAGCGGCAAAGCAAGUGGAAGUAAAGAAUUUUCUGUCUGCAGAUGCAUUUCAAGCCCUGCCAGCACACCUGCAACCUUCCAAAGAACAAGCAGUCGGGAUGAGAUGGGUGCUUACGUGGAAACUGAAGGAUGAUGGUACGAGAAAAGCAAAAGCUCGAGCUGUAUUGCUCGGGUACCAAGACCCGUGCUAUGAGCAUCGAAGUACCACGGCACCUGUUAUGACUCGACAGUCAAGACAGAUGUUGCUACAAGUAGCAGCGUGGAAGCGCUGGCGAAUCCGAAAAGGAGAUGUCAGCGGCGCCUUUCUUCAGGGGCGUGAAUACCCCGACACCUUGUAUUGUGUGCCGACUCCUGAGAUCUGUGAGGCCAUGGGAAUUUCGGAAAACAGCGUGACACGCAUCAAGCGAGCCUGCUACGGUCUAGUGGAUGCGCCCUUGGAGUGGUACCGUACUGUCGAUACCUUUCUCCGUAGCAUCGGACUUGAACGAUCCAGUUCUGACUCUUGUGUGUGGUGUUACCGCCGUGACGGAAUCCUCAAGGGACUGAUUUCAGGGCAUGUCGAUGAUUUCAUUUUUGGUGGUGAUGAAGAUGAUGCAGGGUGGCGAGAUGUCCUUGAUCAAAUCCAGAAACAAUUCAAGUGGGGAGACUGGGAGGUGGAUAAAUUCACUCAGUGUGGUGUCCUCAUUGAAACUACUGAACGAGGGUUCGAACUCUCCCAGCCCUCUUACCUGGAAGGACUAAGUGAGAUCUCCGUGAAUGCUACACGUCGAAAGGACAGAUCAGCUGGAACGACAGACAGAGAGCGCACCCUCCUGAGAGCACUCUUGGGAGGAUUGAGUUGGCAUGCGCAACAAGUGGCGCCACACCUGAGCGCCGACGUAAGUCUGCUUCUUUCCGAGGUGGGACGCAGCACCGUCGACACUAUCAUCCGAGCAAACAUGCUCCUGUCGCAUACUAAGGCGAGAAAGGAGCACAAGCUGAUCAUCCACAAGCAUGCUCCCGAUGCAGAGCUGGUUCUUGUGGCCUGGGUCGACGCCGCAGCUCAAAGUCGAGUGGAUGGUGGCAGCACUCAGGGAAUCGUCAUAGGCAUCGCACCACAACAACUCUUACAGGGUGAAGUGUGUGACAUCUCGCUUAUGUCGUGGCACUCCUCAAAGAUUGAUCGAUGUUGCCGUAGCCCAGGUGCUUCAGAAGCUUUGGCGGCGAUCAACGGUGAGGAUAACUUGUACUACGCCCGCUACCAAUGGUCUGAGCUUCUCUAUGGCAACCAAGAUAUUCGUAAACCUGACAUUACGGUUACCAGAACUCCGGGAUGUUUAGUGACGGAUAGUAGGAAUGUGUACGAUAAGAUGUCUCAGGAAGUGAUUGUGGUGAAAGGUGCAGAAAAGCGUACGAGUAUCGAGCUUCUCGGCCUGAAGGAAGCCCAGCGCCGGACGAAUGUCAUCAUACGAUGGGUGCACUCGGAAGCUCAACUAGCCAAUAGCCUAACCAAGGCGAACGGGCUCAAGGAGUUGGAGAUGUUCUACCGGAUGUCUCAAAAGUGGCGAAUCGUCGAAGACGAGAAUAUGAUGUCUGCUCGUCGUCGUCGUGAGUUGGGACUACGGCCGCUUUCGCAGUCUGAGGGUGUGGAAAAUUCUUUAAUGGAUGAGAAGCCUUCUUGA